AUGCAACAAGAGGUGGAGCCCCCGCGCUCCUCCACCGCGGGCAACCUCAGCGUGCACAGGGAGGCAGGAGCGCUCCUUGUGGACUUAGAGACCCAAGAGGAGACGCAGGCUCGGAACCUGGGCAGACCUGUCAAAUCCUCGAAGCAGUACCUACGCCAGGUCAUUGCAGAAUAUGAGGCGCUGGACCGGGAGCUCCCAUGCAUCCGCAAGUUCCCCAUGCUGCCUGCUGCCCAGCCCCUCUGUCUGUGCAUGGAGACCUUGCCAGAAGAGGACCUUACCCACCUGGAGGUGCUGGAGGCCCUGGAGGCCGAGUUACCCGGGGCCAUGGAGAGCGGGCAUGUGAGCAGUAUCCGCUUUGAGAACAUGAACGUCAUCUGUGGGACGGCUGGGCGCCGGGACCGGUGGCUCAUCACUGUCGCAGAUUUCCAGACUCGGUCGCGCCUGCUGCGCUCGGGGCUCUGCCUCCGCGGGCUUCCGCACCCUCUCGUGCGCCACGACGAACUGCUGCUGGGCGAUUACCGCCUGCACCUGCGCCGCUCCCUGGUCCGAAGGCGCAUGCUCGAGGCUCUGGGGGCGGAGCCGACCGAGGAAGACUGAUGCUCGGGGGCUGGCCCUGGCUGCGCCUGCGCACCGCCCAAUUGGCUCGGGGGACCCCCCCGGAACCAGGGAGGAAAGGGGCGUUGCCUCCCCAGGAAGGAGGCGGGGUCGGCUCGAGGGGUGGAUACUGUGAGUUUAAUUAUAAAGAAUGACCUGGUA